UGACCGGUUCAUUUUUUCCAAAACUUUUGAACAGCCUCCUGCUGAUGAAAAUAUCUCCAGAGAAUUAUAAACAAAAACCAAUAAAUUAGUGGGUCUGUUUAUUGGAGCAGUGCCCUGUUUCUUCCUGUUAUUUUCUGAAUGACUCAACAUCCCAAGUGACCUUCCUCUGAUAAGCCGCUGAACAACCGCUGACAAUGUGUCCUCUCUGCAGCUGAAGAAAAUGUGUUGAAAGGAUUGACGUUGAAUGGAACCUUUUGAGUUGAAUGACAUACAUCUACAUGGAGCAAAUAUUGCACUUCCUGAUGGAUAUGCCAAACAGCUAAACUCAACCUCCUUUUUACAUGGCUCUAGCACCGUGUAUGGUUUGUCAUUCAGGUCCAUGAGCUGGAUAACAAAACCUCUGGAGACGAUCAAGACCUUUUUUGCAUUUUGAUAAUGUAAUGAAAAUUCCAGUGAUGUCUGGUUCUCUUAAUUCAUAUGUACAGUUAACAAAAUGUAACAGUACACAAACACACUAAGCCCUCAUGCUGUUUUACUGGAUGUACUAGCAGUUUUCAUGCACUUGGUCGUGUCUGGAAAAAAGGUUUAGAUCAGGUUUUGAAAUCGGCUUGGUGAGCUAAUUCCUAUAUUGCCAUGAAACCAUUGACUGACAAUCUCUAAAAAUCUGUCUUACUACUUGGCCUCCAUGUGUACAGAUAUUGAUUAACCUGCAUAACUUAAUAUCACGGUCUUCUGAUAUAUGGAAUGAGGAGUCCUCCCUGUGUAGUACUGCUGCAGGCAGAGUUCUCCUCAGCCACUCACUCAAGUACAACUCAAUGGAAUUCUGUCCGUCAGAUUCCUAUCCUGAGGUAUGCAAUAUUUUCCACAGUGUACAUCAAAUGAAACGGCUCUGUGCACUUCUGCUGAAAGCAUUGCCUGGAGCAUCACGUCAAAGGAUUCCCACAAUGCGGGCAGCCCCUGUUGGAGCAUGCCACACUGGCCACAGUGCAGUGUGCAAGAGGCAUGCACACACACAUUCUGGUACAGGCUGUGCUGGCGCUAUAGGUGGGAGGUGUGUAUGGGGCUGUCAGGCUGAAGAGGUCGUUUGUCUUGUCCCCUGGUCUGGGUGUCUGCUGUGCAGAAAGUGCCGGCAGCACCGGGAGAGAACAUUUCAGAUGAGGAUUCAGUGUCAGGCUCUAUGAAAUGUAAGCAAACAAGUCUUGUCUUGGAAUCCCUUUGAAAAAACUUCCACAUAACCACACUCACCCUUUUAAGUUGGAAGCCUUUUGUAAGGGGUGAACCAAGAGAGGUGGAUGUUUUAUUUGAUACAUUGUAACAUUCCCAGACUUUAUCUUGACUGUAUUUGGAUUUGCCCUUGGUUGUUAUCCUGACAUUAUAGAGGUUUCUUCUCAGGUUACUUUCACCCACAGUUUAAGUUAUGAUUUAUGAAACCAAAGAACCACACCAAAGACAGCAAGUGAUCCUGCCAGAGCUACUGCUGUUACCUUUAGCACCUCUGGCACAACUGGAGCAUUCAACAUCUACUGCAUACAAGGAUUCUUCUCAGAAAGCAAUGGCAUGUCCUACUCAAGCCAAGAUGUUUUUGAAAUCAAAUAUGCCACGCCAUAAACACAAACCAAUGUCUGUCUAAUGAUCUUACAAUUCUGGAUGGCACUCAGGAUUUUGGACAUGUAAGACCGAGCAUUUCACAUCACAUGCACAUAGACCUGAGAUUCAAUAAAAUAAAAGACUUACAGCCAGGCUCUUUCAGACGACUCAAGAACCUCAACACCCUCCUCUUAAACAACAAUCACAUCAGAAGAAUCCCUAGAGGAGCCUUUGAAGAUCUGGAAAACCUGAAAUAUCUCUAUUUGUACAAGAAUGAAAUCCAGUCAAUUGACAGGCAGGCAUUUAAGGGGCUUGUCUCUCUAGAGCAACUGUAUCUGCACUUCAACAACAUUGAGUCCUUAGAGCCUGAGUCCUUUGCUCAUCUGCCCAAGCUUGAACGCCUAUUUUUGCACAACAACAGAAUCACCCAGCUCGCGCCGGGAACCUUUUCCCAUCUGCAGUCCAUGAAGAGGCUGCGUCUGGACUCAAACACACUGAACUGUGACUGCGAGCUGCUGUGGCUGGCUGACCUGCUGAAGCAGUAUGCGGAGUCGGGGAACGCCCAGGCGGCCGCCACCUGUGACUAUCCCAGCAGACUGCAGGGCCGCUCCGUGGCCACACUGACCGCUGAGGAGCUCCACUGUGAGGUCCCCAGGAUCACGUCGGAGCCCAGGGACGUGGACGUGACCUCAGGGAACACGGUGUACUUCACCUGCCGCGCAGAGGGCAACCCCAAGCCCCAAAUCAUCUGGCUGAGGAACAACAAUGCACUGAAUAUGCGUGACGACGCACGCUUGAAUCUGCUGGAGGACGGCACACUGAUGAUCCAGGACACGCGCGAGACUGACCAGGGCGUCUACCAGUGUAUGGCCAAGAAUGUGGCUGGAGAGGUCAAGACAUCAGAGGUCACCCUGCGCUACUAUGGCACACCAUCGCGGCCCAGCUUCGUAAUCCAGCCGCAGAACACAGAGGUGCUGGUGGGCGAGAGUGUGACCCUGGAGUGCAGCGCCACUGGCCAGCCCCACCCCCGUGUCUCCUGGACCCGCGGUGACCGCACGGCCUUGCCCACCGACGACCGCGUCAACAUCACCCCCUCUGGUGGCCUCUACAUCCAGAACGUCAACCAGGCCGACGGGGGCCAGUACACCUGUUUCGCCAGCAACGAGGUGGACACCAUCCACGCCACGGCCUUCAUCAUAGUGCAGGCUGUCCCCCAGUUCACUGUGACGCCACAGGACCAGACGGUUCUUGAGGGCCACACUGUGGACUUCCCUUGUGAGGCCAGUGGAUAUCCUCAGCCUGUCAUAGCCUGGACUCGUGGAGGAAGUCCGCUGCCAAAUGAUAGACGGCAUGUGGUACUCUCUACGGGCACCUUGCGUAUUGCCCGCGUGGCACCUCAUGACCAGGGUCAGUAUGAAUGCCAAGCCAUCAGUCCCGUGGGCACCGUCACCACAGGCGUCCAGCUCAACAUCCAGCAGAGAGUAACGCCUGUUUUCACAAAUGCUCCAAGGGAUGUGACAUUGGAGUCUGGCACGGAUGUCCAGAUUCCGUGCAGUGCUCAGGGAGAGCCCACGCCUGUCAUCACCUGGAACAAGGAUGGCGUCCAGAUAACAGAGAGUGGAAAAUUCCACAUUAACCCUGAUGGAUACCUGCAGGUCAAUGAUGUUGGGCCUGCAGAUGGGGGGCGCUAUGAGUGUGUCGCCCGAAAUUCCAUCGGCUACUCCUCUGCCAGCAUGGUGCUAACUGUGGAGGUGCCCCAAGUCAGCCGAGAGGGGGAUCCAUUUGUGGACAGGUCCAUUGAGGAGGCCAUCCGUAGCGUCAACAGUGCCAUUGACUCGACCAGGAGACAUCUGUUUGACGGUUCGCCCCGGACCCCAGGUGAGCUGCUGGCCCUCUUCCGCUACCCAAGGGACCCCUACACGGUGGAGCAGGCGAGGGCAGGCGAGAUCUUUGAGCAGACUCUACUCCUCAUCCAGCGACAUGUCAAUCAAGGGCUGACGGUCGACACAAACGGAACAGCCUUCCGUUAUAAUGACCUGGUGUCUCCACGCUUCUUGGAAAUGAUUGCCAACCUUUCCGGCUGCACAGCACACCGGCGAUUCAACAACUGCUCCGAUAUCUGCUUCCACCAGAAGUACCGCAGCCACGAUGGUACGUGCAACAACCUACAGCAUCCCAUGUGGGGCGCCUCUCUGACUGCCUUCGAGCGUCUCCUCAAGCCUGCCUAUGACAACGGCUUCAACCUCCCACGUGGCAUCACUGAGAAGCGGCACAACAACUACCCGCUGCCCUUGCCACGCCUGGUCUCCACCACCAUGAUCGGCACCGAGACCAUCACGCCAGAUGACCGCUACACGCACAUGCUGAUGCAGUGGGGCCAGUUCCUGGACCAUGACCUGGACUCGACGGUGGCGGCGCUCAGCCAGUCGCGCUUCUCCGACGGCCAGCUGUGCGCGCAGGCGUGCACCAACGACGCGCCCUGCUUCCCCAUCAUGUUCCCGCCCAACGACCCGCGGCAGCUGCGCAGCGGCGCGCGCUGCAUGUUCUUCGUGCGCUCCAGCCCCGUGUGCGGCAGCGGCAUGACCUCGCUGCUCAUGAACUCCGUGUACCCGCGCGAGCAGAUCAACCAGCUCACCUCCUACAUCGACGCCUCCAACGUCUACGGCAGCUCGGACCACGAGGCCGAGGAGAUCCGCGACUUGGCGAGCCACCGGGGACUACUGCGGCAGGGCAUCGUGCAGCGCUCGGGCAAGCCACUGCUGCCCUUCGCCACGGGGCCGCCCACCGAGUGCAUGCGCGACGAGAACGAGAGCCCCAUCCCCUGCUUUCUGGCCGGCGACCACCGGGCCAACGAGCAGCUGGGGCUGACCGCCAUGCACACGGUCUGGUUCCGCGAGCACAACCGCGUCGCCACGGAGCUCCUGCGCCUGAACCCGCACUGGGACGGCGACACCAUCUACCACGAGGCGCGCAAGAUCGUGGGCGCCCAGAUGCAGCACAUCACCUACAACCACUGGCUGCCCAAGAUCCUGGGCGAAGUGGGCAUGAAGAUGAUGGGCGACUACCGUGCCUACAACCCCAACAUUAACUCGGGGAUCCUCAACGCCUUCGCCACGGCGGCCUUCCGCUUCGGCCACACGCUCAUCAACCCCAUCCUGUACCGUCUGGACGAGCACUUUCAGCCAAUCCCCCAGGGCCACAUCUCCCUGCACAAAGCCUUCUUCUCACCUUUCCGCAUAGUCAACGAGGGGGGCAUCGAUCCCCUGCUCCGGGGCCUGUUUGGAGUCGCAGGCAAGAUGCGUGUGACCACCCAGCUGCUGAACACAGAGCUGACCGAGAGGCUUUUCUCCAUGGCUCACGCGGUGGCACUGGAUCUGGCCGCCAUGAACAUUCAGAGAGGUCGCGAUCACGGAAUCCCCCCCUAUAACGACUACCGGGUCUUCUGCAACCUCACCUCUGCACAAACUUUCGAGGACCUCAGGAACGAGAUCAGAAACCCAAACGUGCGGGAGAAACUGCAAAGACUCUACGGCACUCCCCUCAACAUUGACCUGUUUCCUGCUUUGAUGGCCGAGGACCUGGUCCCUGGAAGCAGACUGGGCCCCACCCUCAUGUGUUUGCUAGCCGCCCAGUUUAAACGCCUUAGAGAUGGAGACCGGUUCUGGUAUGAGAACCCAGGAGUCUUCACGCCAGCACAGCUCACACAGCUGCGGCAAGCCUCCCUCACCCGGGUGCUGUGUGACAAUGCCGAUAACAUCACCCACAUCCAGCCAGAUGUCUUCACUGUGGCCGAGUUCCCCCACGGCUACGGCAGCUGUGAUGACGUGCCCAAGAUGGACCUGCGUAUGUGGCAGGACUGCUGUGAAGACUGCAGGACCAAGGGUCAGUUCAACGCUCUGUCUUUCCACUUCCGUGGUCGGAGGUCACUAGAACACAGCUCUGCAGAGGACAGGCCUGUUUCAGAUAGUCCCAAGGACACCAGCCCCAAUGAAAGCAUCGCACAGGAAGCCCCCUCUGUGCCUGUGAACGUCUCCCUCCCCAUUAAAGCCAGCACUGAACCCUCACUGAACGAGUUCCAAGACUUUGUCUUGGAUAUGCAGAAGACCAUCACAAGUUUGCGAAAACAGAUUAAAAGACUUGAAGCGCGCCUGAGUAAGACAGACUGCACUGAUUCGGAGGGCAUGGAGCGGCGAGAUGGAGCGCGCUGGAAGAGGGACCCCUGUACCACAUGCGAAUGCAAAGAUGCCCAGGUGACGUGUUUUGUGGAGAGGUGCCCCCCAGUGGACUGCCAGAAGCCUGUGACACUGAAAGGAGCCUGCUGCCCCGUGUGCCUGAACCAGCCCUCGAGCCGUGGUGGCGAGCGCCACACAUAACCUCAGGACCCCCGUGCCCCACACGCAUCCCAGCGGAGAGAAAAAAGACAUGGACUAAGAGUCUUGGCAGUACGCGGUGACCAUCAGCAUCCAGUUGCCUAGUUUUUGUUUUGUUUUUGUUUUAUUUUUUAACUUCAGAUGUUUUUUUUUAUGUCGGUUAUUAACUUUUAUUGUCAGUACCCCCAACCCCCCAAGGCCAAUUGCCUUACUUGGGUAUGGUCAAGUCCACUGGCUUUCUGAAGUGCCGUCAUGGCAGAGACCUCUGCCUUGUCUAGGAUGGAUGUGGGACUCCACCCUUCCUCCCUCUUGGCCUUAAUAAGAAAACAGGGACCCCAAGGGCCUGUGGGCGUGACCCAGAGCACUGACCCCACCCACCAGGCCAGCGCACGAGGAAGGCAGCGCACCAGGGGUGUGUACGGAAAGGGAAGUAGAUCGACCACCGUCGGCCAUGUCGUCUCUUAAAACGCGUUCUCAGGUCAGAGAUGCCGAACAAACUGGUGCUAUUGUUUUUUUCUCCUCCUUCACAAUCACCCUUUUUCUUGAAAUGAUUUAGUUAUUUGCAUCAGUCUGAAAAAUAUUGUUGUUUUUGUUUUUGUUUUUCUACAGUAUGCAAAUCAUCAUAUACACUCUCAUUAUGUGCCUUUUACGUAAUGUUUAUGGUGCUUCAUAUCUUAUAAUGAACAUACAAAUAUAUAUAUAAAUUUAUACAUAUAAAUGUAUUUCCCCUACGUAUCAUCUGCUUCCAUAUGAAGAUAAUGUGAAUACCUGUUUUAAAAAAAAUGUAAUGCAAAAAAAGUCUACUGAUUACCGAAUGUGCAUAAUUUCCCAACUGAUGGUUAACUAACAUCUGGUGUUUCUUUCUCUCCCUCUCACACACAUACUCUUUUUUCUCCCCAAAAACUCACAUAAACAGAUUCUUUUUUUUUUCUGAACUUGGAGAGGGGGGUUGGUAGAUCAUGUUGGAGGAGUUGUUGUAUGUCCCCUGUGAGUUGACUUACUAUUUAACUUCCAACUUAUUUUUUGUUAUCCUCUGCUUGCGAGAUGUGGCUUGUGCUCCAGGUAUUUUCUAUGGGUCAUGCAUACUAGAGAACAGAUGGGCAGACACCCUGACUUAACUACAAAGUUAAAAAGUUUUUGCCUUUUUUUGUUUGUUUUUGUUUUGUUUUUAUGCUUACUUUUCUCCCUAGCGAUUCCCCUAGGCUGUCUCACCCUUAUCUACCAAUGCAGUAUUUUAAGUGUUCAGUAUUUUCCACUUGGUCAAAAAAUGGCUGCUCUCUGCACACAAACACACUGACACCCAAUGUUGAAGGACCCAACUGUUCGGUACCUCACCUGACCACAUCACAAGUCUGACCUCUCCACUUCUCAGGUUCCCCUCUGUUUCCCCGCUGUGAGUCAAACAAGAGACACACAUUGACACCUCAUGAGUAAAGUCCCCUCAAAUCCCUCAUCAAAAGCUGGGCUACUUUGUUGUGGUUUCCAUGAUCAUAUGUCCACACCCUGCCUCUGUUACCACCCCAACCCCCAACUGUAAACCACCACCAUCACUCUCACCAACACCACCCCAACGAUUUUUGUCUUCAGCCACUUUGUGACUGCAGAGGCAGAUUAUGCAGGGUGUGGUGGGUUUUAAAAAGGGUUUUAUUAGGACUUAAUUACCCUCCAUCUCCUUCUCGCUACCUCUGUCCAGCUGUCUCUCUCUCUCUCUCUCUCUUCUCUCUUAUGUGCUUCUUUCCCCAGCGGUCACACUCGUACAGUCACUGGCCACUCGUCCGAAACGUGGAGACGCCUGGCUCUCGUCUGCAGCCUUAGCGCGGGAUGUGCAAGAGCUGACGUAACUCUGCUGAGUGCCGUGCUCACUCUGUACCUCCUUGACCCCCCCCCCCCCCCCCAUUCCAGUGUAAUGAAAGCCAUAUGGAGGAGAGACAGAGAGAGAGAGAGAGAGAGAGAGAGAGGCAAAAAGAGGGACUUGGGAGAGAGGUAGAUUAAGACAAGAUGUCCGUCGUCCCCUCCUUGGCUCACAUUUGUUUUAGGCGCUCGCAGUGGUGAGUCAUCACCCCAAACAAUGCUAGGGUGAAGUCACAGGGCCUUUUUAUGAUCAAGGCACAUAUACAAGCUGUUAGCACCACUUCAAACACAUAUUACAAAAAGUGCAACUUUGAGCAGUUGGCUGGUUGGAUAUUGUUUGUGAUAAUCACAACAUGGGACAUGGGAAACGAUGAAGGCCCAGAAAUUGAAGUGUGUCAAAAAUGUCUGCUGCCCCAUGCCCCCAGUCUGAAAACCAACCUCCUCUACAGGUUCCAUCAGUCGUUUGUCCUUUUUCUGCCUCUAGGCUUCAAAUGUGAUUCUUGUUACUGUGAGAAUGUGUAGUGACGGAGUCCGUUUUUGGUCCUUUUUUCCGUACUCUGUGGGAUGUCGGUGGGUCUGUUCUCAUGGACGUCUCUCAGAGGAUGCUGUGGGAGGGCAGAUCGGUGGCUUCCUCACGUGGGAGCAUCUGUGUUUGCUUGCUACGGCCAGACAAUGGUCUGACUGCAUAACAUCCUGUAGACCUGCUGUGGCAACAAGAACAACCAAAUCAACCCAAGGGUCCAUGGCUGACUGGUCUAUGGAGCCGUUAGGCGCAUCAUUGUUCCACCAUAGACGGCUCCCUCUCAGUCCAUUUUGCUGUCAUGUUUACCAUCUCCUCAUGUUGCAGCCGUGACAUUCCGGCCAACUUGCCUUUGAACAUCUUCCGUUUCAGAGGAGUUCUCUCUUCACCUCAUAUCAGAGGAGCUCACUCUCUGUCUGCUCUUCUCCAUACCCCUUUUGCCACUGUUCAUUCACACACAUCGUUUUAUUUCUAUUAUUUCUUUUGUAUUAUUAUUAUUUGUCGUCUACCCUUUGACCAGACCUCUCUGCCCACUUCAAAUGGAAUGCACUGCUCUGUAAGUCUGAUCAUGCCUUUACCCAAUAAGUGGUCAAAGUGGAUACCUAUCUGACAUUUUGUAUUGUAUGUUUGCCAAAGAAUCAUUUGCACUGUAAUGUAUGCCUCUCAACAAUAAUAAAAAAUAGGCCACAUUUGAAAUAAA